AUGUCUAGUUACCCAAAAAAAAGAAUAAACUUUUCAGAAUUGGACGAUCAUUUUGAUGAUGAUUAAUAAAUUGAUUCUCUAAGAUAUAAUGCAGAAAUUGAUAGCGCAAUUCAAAUUAAAAAGUCAUCAGAUCAUGAAAAAGUAAACAUAUUAAAUUAAAUUCAAAGUUAAAUGAGGUACAAUAAUUAUUACAAUUUUCACCUCAUCCUUAAUAAGAAAAUUAGAAAUUAUCAUCUGUUCGAUGUUCAUUUGGAUUGAAUUCAAAUAACAAUUUCAAUCCAACUAGAUUACCAUUCUCCCAAAAUUAAAAUAGUGUAAACUCUUCAAUUCAAAUUGGUUCACCUGAUACAGCCUCAUUUCCAUUGUAGAAGAAAUUUCUUAAAUUGUAUCAAAUGAGAUCGUAAUAUUCAUCAUUAUGCUCUUUCUAGUUCAAUUGAAGAAAUCAGUGCUGAGAAUGAUCUUAGUUAAAGCAGAGAAAACAUGACCAAGAACUCAAAUCACACAUUAAACACUGAAGAGGAUAAAAAUGUGCAAUUCAAUCAAGAUGAGAACUUAUAAAAUGAACUAUACUAGAAUGACUCAUAUGCUCUAUUUACCUAAUUACUUGAGUAAUUGGAAUAGUCACAGAAUUAAUUAUAAAAGCAGCAAUUAUAAUAUCAAGAGUUGCAAUCUAAGUAUGAAAAAUAGUAAUCACAAAUUAUUUAUUUGACCAAAUUAAAUUAAGAAAUCACAAAAACCCUGGAUGAAACUCAGAAUCAAUUGCAAUUGUUGAAUGAAACUAAUGGGCUACUAAAGAAAAAGAUCCAAUCCUAUAAAUAGUAUAGUAUCACAGAGCAGUCUCAAUACAAUGGAAAUACCAAUAGAUACAAUAAAGAGAAUAAUGAUUAUUUAAAGCACCACAACAGCACAGAAUCCAAUUAAUCAAUUGAACUAGUUAACAAUCUCAAAAAAACACAAAAGGUUACCAACACAUAUUCAAAUGUCAUUAUGAUGUUGUUGUUGAUGAUCUAAAAAUGCUUUUAUUUAGAUGAAUCAAUUGAUAAAGAAGGAAAAGAAGUUAUUAAUAAGAUAACUCAAUAAAUAAAUCAAAGAUAAUUGGUACUUACUUUAUAUAAUAGUCAUAGGAUAAUAUUGUAUUUACAAUUGAAUCCCUGAUAAAGUAUUUUGAGCAAAGAUUCUCAGAUAUGGCCACCAAAAAUAGCAAAGUACAAUCGAUGAGUAAUAUCAUGGAUUAAAUCAGAUAAUUGGUUGAUCAAAGAAGUAAUUGAUAUAAUUAAUAGUUAAUUUCUAUAUAUUUUACUAAUUUAAAUAAAGUUAUAAAAUAUGGGGCAGAGUUGUUAGAUGCAGCAUCAAACUAUUGAUUAAAACGAAAUUUAAUACAAAUUGGUGUUAAUCAAACCCAUUUCUCAUAGAAAUUAGAUAAAGAGACCAAUCUUUGAAAUCAAUUAAAUCAAUAGCAGAGAAGAAACUAUGGAUGAAAUCAACGAAUUAGAUGUAGAUACCAGAAAAUCUUAAAAGCUUACAAAUAGUUGUGCCUAAUAAUUCCAAUCUAGCUUCUAAUUUGGGGUUUAGCAACAAAAACAAAUUAUAAAAAACCAAAUAAAAUCCUUUGGCGGAGACAUAUCAUAAAUUUUCAAUAAGAAAAAAUAAAAAUUAAACUUGAAAACUUAUGAAGAAAGCAAGGAAGAACAGAUUAAUAGAGAAUCAAAUAGAAAUGCCACGUUUAAUUGCGCUAGAAAUUGUGAAACAAGCCAAUCGCCUCUUCAAUAAUGGAUCAAAAAUUAGAGUCCCACUUAUGAAUCUUUAAAAAGUGAAAUCAAGUCCAUCCGCUCAAUUAAUGGUCUAAAUUAAGAGCAACACAAAGCAGGGAUUUUGAGAGAGAAGAAAGUAAAGGCGAAAUCUUUAUAUUACAAAAGAACUGUGCGUUUUUAAUGCUGA